CUCCCAGCAUCCUUAGCGGCGGGCAAAGGAAAAUGUAAACGGCCAUGUCGUGGUAGAAAAUCAGUUCUGAAACGAGCGAGACUUUACUUACGGCGCAACUAUACCAAUUCAUGUAAUGUAGUCUUUAAACUACGGCUUUGAAAGUAACACGUCUGACCUUUUGUUUGACAGAAACAUAUCCCGUGGAAAUAACUGCGUUAUUAAAAUCAGAGGACAAACAUGAGUGGAGGAGGGACGCCGUACAUUGGUAGCAAAAUUAGCCUAAUCUCCAAGGCCGAGAUUCGCUAUGAAGGAAUUUUGUAUACCAUUGAUACUGAAAACUCGACGGUAGCUCUUGCUAAAGUUCGAUCCUUUGGCACUGAAGACCGGCCUACUGAAAGGCCUGUUCCACCUCGAGAGGAAGUGUUUGAGUACAUCAUCUUUAGAGGAAGUGAUAUUAAAGACCUGACAGUUUGUGAGCCACCCAAAGCCACCAGCUCCCUGCCUCAGGACCCUGCUAUAGUUCAAUCGUCACUCGGAUCCACCAAUUCUGCAGCAGGACCAUCGUUCCAGUCGGCUGGCUCCUAUGCUCCACUCAGCAAGGCCCCUGUCCCACCAUACAGCCAGUUUGGUGUUACACCCCUUGCUGCUCAGCAGUUUGGACCUGCCGGAGCAGGAGGUCGCACCAGCCCCCAGCUGGACUCUUUAACCAAACGUCCAACCCUGGAGCAGGCAGUGAAGGCCCCACCAUCGGCUGCCCCAGCACCGCCUGCACCUGUAGGACAGAGGAGUCAGACGGGGGCGGCAGCUCCCAGACCCACCACCAGCAGCGCUGGCAGCCAGAAGCCCCCAGACCUCCUGGAGCAAAGAAAGGGUGAAGAUGCAUGGACUUCUCAUGCUCCUGAGGUUCAGAAGGUGUCCCAGCCAGAUCAUGAAAAAGCUGCUCUAGAAAACCGAGACCCCAACAAGCGUCAAGCUGCUGGAGCUCAGAUCACCCGCCGUGGCCGAGGAAGAGGAAACCGCAGCAGAGGUACAGUAAACGUACGUAGGGAUGGCGCCAUGAAGUUUGAAGAGGACUUUGACUUUGAGACUGCCAACGCCCAGUUCAACAAAGAUGAGAUCGAUAAAGAGCUCCAGAACAAGCUCAAACUGAAAGAUGACAAGACUGAAAAGGCGCUGAAUGGAGAAGAAGCUGCUGAGUCAGAACAUGCAGCCAAUGAGGGGACCAACGAGGAGGAGGAGGCUGUGAUAAACACCUACUACGACAAGUCCAAGUCCUUCUUUGAUAACCUGUCCGCUGAUGACUUAAGUAAAGGGGGUGAAAGAGGAUUUUCAAGGGAGCGAAGGACAACCUGGGCAGAAGAGAGACGAAUGAAUGCUGAGACAUUCGGCAUUCCUCUGAGGCACAACCGAGGAAGAGGAGGCUUCCGUGGCCGAGGCUUCAUGGGGCCCCGUGGAGGCCGCGGGCGACCACUGAGCCGAGGUUCCUUCGGGCCCCCCCGGGGUCCUCCACCUGGUUUCAGAGGCGGAUUCAGAGGUGGCAGAGGAGGCCGGGAAUUCUCUGAUUUUGAAUACAGGAAGGACAACAAGGUGGCUGCAUAGUACUGCAGCGACGGAUCCCCAAAUAAUUUUAGCCCCUCAUCAUGAAAUUAUUCUUGUUGAAGAAAUCCCUGGUCUCAAUAUU